AGCUGUCUGGCUGGGUAAGGGUUAAGGAGCUGUAUCCCAGGCAGCACCUGGUGAGGAGGAGCCAGUCCUGACACAUCCACAUCCCCAUAUACUGAUCGUCAUCUCACAGCAGCAGCAGCACAACAUGGAGCACAUCAGGCUGCCUAAGGUUGAAAAUGUCCGCCUGCUUGACCGGAUAUCUUCUAGAAAGCCAGUCCUGGGGACCCUGUAUCUCACAGCAACGCAUGUCAUUUUUGUGGAAAAUAUUUCAGAAACUCGCAAGGAAACUUGGAUUCUUCACAGUCUGAUCUCUGCCAUUGAAAAACAAGCAACAACAGCUUCAGGUUGCCCUUUACUCCUCCGCUGCAAGAACUUUCAGCUUAUACAGCUCAUCAUACCUCAGGAAAGAGACUGCCAUGAUAUCUACAUAUCUCUGGCCAGACUGUCACGACCAGUUAAGUAUGAAGAGCUGUAUUGCUUUUCUUUCAAUCCAAAAUUGGACAAGGCUGAACGGGAGGAGGGAUGGAAGCUAAUUGACUUAAAAGAGGAAUAUAUCCGAAUGGGAGUACCCAAAAGCCUGUGGCAGCUCAGUGAUGUCAAUCGUGAUUACCGUGUGUGUGACACAUAUCCGACUGACCUGUAUGUACCUAAACCUGCCAGCGUACCAGUCAUUGUUGGGAGCUCUAAAUUUAGGAGCCGAGGCCGAUUUCCCACUCUGUCCUUUUAUUGCCAAGAUAACAAUGCCUCCAUAUGUCGAAGCAGUCAGCCCCUCUCUGGCUUCAGUGCGCGAUGUCUUGAGGAUGAGCAGAUGUUGCAGGCGAUUAAAAAGGCAAAUCCAGGAAGUGAUUUCCUUUAUGUUGUUGAUACCAGACCAAAACUAAAUGCAAUGGCCAACAGAGCAGCAGGGAAAGGUUAUGAGAAUGAAGACAACUACUCGGACAUCAAAUUUCAGUUUAUUGGCAUUGAGAACAUCCAUGUGAUGAGGAACAGUUUACAGAAGAUGUUGGAAGUAUGUGAGCACCGAUCUCCUUCUACGGGCGAAUUUCUUUGGGGUCUCGAAUCCUCCGGAUGGUUAAAACACAUCAAGACGAUACUGGAUGCUGGCAUCUUCAUUGCAAAGGCCAUAUCAGAAGAGGGCGCCAGUGUGCUUGUUCAUUGUUCUGAUGGUUGGGACCGCACUGCUCAGGUCUGCUCUAUAUCCAGUCUAUUACUUGACCCUUAUUACAGAACCAUAAAAGGAUUUAUGGUGUUAAUAGAAAAAGACUGGAUUUCAUUUGGACACAAGUUCAACCACAGGUAUGGAAAUUUAGAAGGCGAUCCUAAGGAAGUUUCCCCAGUCAUUGACCAGUUCCUGGAGUGUGUCUGGCAGCUCAUGGAGCAAUUUCCAUGUGCCUUUGAAUUCAAUGAGAGAUUUCUGGUCCACAUACAGCACCACGUGUACUCCUGUCAGUAUGGGAACUUCAUGUGCAACUGCGAGAAGGAGAGGAGAGAAAUGAGAAUUCAGGAGAGAACCUAUUCUCUUUGGUCUUAUCUGUGGAAGCAGCGGCUGGAUUAUAUGAACCCACUGUACAGACCAGACCACAGUCAGACACAAGGAACUCUGAGACCAAACACCACUCCAAGUCAUUUCAAGUUUUGGAGGGGCCUUUACAACCGAUUCGAGAAAGGGAUGCACCCCCGGCAGUCGGUGACUGAUUUUCUUCAGGCAGUAAAAGAAGAGACCCAGCAGCUAGAGGAAGAAAUGGAGUUCAUGGAAAAGCGAUUAGCAAAGCUGGAAAACAGAGAGGCAAAUGAAACCAAUAAGAAUCUCAACGAUCAGCCAAAAAUCCAUAACUUCCAAAUGUGCAUCACCAACCACUCUCCUGCUAAUACACCGCAAGAUUACAGCACCAACCUGAAGCUGUUCCCCUCCCGCAGUCCAUCCCAAGGAGAAGAGGACUCUGCCCUCAUCCUAACCCAGGACCAUUUAAAGAGCUCGGACCCGGACCUGUCUGCUAACAGUGACCAGGAAUCCGGGGUGGAGGACUUGAGCUGCAGGUCUCCGAGUGGUGGGGACUCAUUACCGAGCGAGGACAGUGGGAAGGAUCCCGAUUCGGAUGAAGCAGUAUUCCUCAAUGCUUAGUGGUCUUAACAACCACACAAUGUUAUAUUUUGUGUUUAUACUUAUUUAUUUAUUUAUUUAUUUAUAGAGAGAUGUCAGAUGGAAGCGGGGAACAAUAUACUGGGAAACAAUAACUAUUCUGCUAAGUCCAUAUGGUUCAAUGUUGGCCUGUGCAGUGAAGACCAGAGACUAAAUUCGUGUCUUGGGGCUCUGAGGAUAUGCACUAGCUUUUAUUAUAUUGUCUAUAUAUUUAUUAUCAUUUAUUUUUUUCCAUUUAGUUUUAUUUAUUUAUUUAUUUUUUCCUUUUGGGGCUAUAUCCAGAGCAUGAAUGAGUUCACACUGUGAUAAGGCGACCGAUAGUUCAUCAUAUACUCACAUACUGGAGAAGUGAAAAAGGUCUGAAUUUGGUUUACUUUUCCUUUCAGAAAAUGUGGAGGUAGACUAAAGUUGGCCAUAUAGGAUCCGACUAAGGCUAGGAUUCCACUUUUUUUUUUCCAGUGUUUUAUUCACUGAAAAAAAGAAA